AUGACUUUGGAAGACUUUGAACGGUCGCUGGCCGAAAGUCGCGAGAGACGACACGAAAGGAGCAGCAGGGAUGAGGAUCGAGACGCGGAUCGCUCCAGACGCCAUCGUCACCAUCACCGCCAUCACCACCACCACCGGCGGUCCGCGUCCCGGUCGAGAGAACGAGAAAGCGAUCGACACCGAGACUCACGUCGUGACGACGAGGAGAGACAUCGACACAAGCGGUCCCGGCACUCCAAUGACAAUGGCGAUGCCGGCGAGCAUGAUCACAAGCGCCGACAUCGACGCGACUAUGAUCGGGAGUCUCCCGAGAAGGACGUGACCGCACAACCAGUCAAGACACAGCUGAAGCGCGAUGCGUGGAUGGAAGCUCCGUCUGCACUAGACUUCGACUUCGUUCACAGACGCGAUCCGCACCUGCAAGAGCAGCCCCAACCGAAGAUGCUGCAGUCGGAUAUCGAAACUAAAAUCCACAAGAAGGAGCUUAAUGAACACCUACGAGACCUCCGGGACGGAAAGGUGACCGAGAAUAUCGAAAAGGAACCCGCACAGCAUGAGGUCGAUUAUACGUUUGGUGAUGCAGGCUCUCAAUGGAGGAUGACAAAGCUCAAAGCCGUCUACAGAGAGGCCGAAGAAACGGGGAGAAAGGUAGAAGACGUAGCUAUUGAAAGAUAUGGUGAUCUACGUGCCUUUGACGAUGCUAGAGAAGAAGAAAUGGAAUUGGAUCGCCGGGAGAGAUAUGGCGAGGGCUACGUUGGCAAAACGAAACCCACCGGAGAGCUCUUCCAAGCGAGAAAACUGGAACAAGGAGUCCACAGGGAUCCACGGCCUCGAGAUGAGGAAAAAGAGCUAGCUGCUGAGGGCCAGGGAAAGCCGUUGGAUACCGAACCUCCCGCUCGGACCACGCAGCACCUGGACGCUACCGCUCUGAAUCGACUACGAGCGCGAAUGAUGAAGGCGAAGAUGAAAGGCUCGCCCGACGCAGCUGAACUUGAAGAACAGUAUCACGCCGCCGCAGGCAUGAUGGCAAACCGCAAGGAAGCCGACGUGGUGGUUCUCGACGUCACGCACAAUCGCAUGCUGGCCGGCGGGCCGAGAGCGGAGGUCAAGCCGGUGGACAACCGACGAGGCCGUGAACGCGGACAGGUGCAAGAGAACGAGGACAUGACGAUCGAAGACAUGGUGAGGGAGGAGAAAAGGACUCGAGGCCAACCUGGCGGUGAAGGACUCCGACUGGCGGAGAGGAUCGCGAAGGAUUCGACCUUCAAUAACGAUCUCGAGUAUAUGGACGAGAAUGCCUACAAGCUGGCGAAACGAGUGCAGAAAUCGGAGCUGGAUCUGAAGAAUACAGCCAUCAAUGAAUUCCACAAAAUGAACCGCAUUCUGGACACCUGUCCGCUCUGCUACCAUGAAGAUACCAACACUCCGCCUGUGGCGCCGGUGAUCUCACUGGCUACCAGGGUCUAUCUCACCCUCCCGACAGAGCCCGAACUGAGCGAGGGUAGUGCGACCGUUGUCCCGAUCCAACAUCACACCAAUCUGCUAGAGUGCGACGAUGAUGAAUGGGAAGAAAUCCGGAAUUUUAUGAAGAGCUUGACACGGAUGUACCACGACCAGGGCCGGGAUGUGAUCUUCUAUGAAAACGCCGCGCACCCUCACCGCAAGCGUCAUGCGACGUUGGAGGCGGUCCCGCUUCCCUACAGUCUCGGAGAGACAUUGCCGGCCUUCUUCAAGGAGGCGAUCCUGGCGGCGGACGCGGAAUGGACACAGCACCAGAAGCUCAUCGAUACGUUGGCCAAGGCGAAACAGGGAUUAGGGAAGCUGGCCUUCCGUCGCACUCUGGCCAAGGAGAUGCCGUACUUUCAUGUCUGGUUCGAGCUGGACGGCGGACUGGGGCACGUCGUGGAGGAUGUCCAUAGGUGGCCGUCUGGCGAUCUGUUCGCGCGGGAGACGAUAGGAGGGAUGCUGGAUCUGCCGCCGGAGAUUAUCAAGCGGCAGGGGCGGUGGAGCAAAAGCGGUGACCGACGGGUCGAUGGCUUCAAGAAACGGUGGAGGAAAUUCGAUUGGACUCGAAUUCUAACGGAGGGAUUACCCAGCUGA